AGUUCACACCGUUUUUUCGUGAAUUUUUAUCGGUUCUGGUUAAUUUGAGUUAUAGGCGUUAUUGGUAGUAGACACAGACAGCAAGUAGUUUAGAUUACGUUUGUUUAUUUUUCUGAUGAACGGUUUGGCCGCAUUUCUUGUUUAUGGAAUCCAACGCAGACCAAAAAACGAAGACUGAUUACCUCUCAAGGUAUGAUGGCUCCAGGUCUCUGUCAUCAAGAUUGUCAACUCAGAGCUUCAAUUCGCAAGAGCACAAGUACUCGCCAGAUAGGGGGAGUAUCACGUCUAAAAUCUCUAAAGAUUCGGUGGUUGUUGUGGACGAUGUCCAACUGGUCGUCCCGUCGAGCAGUGUGGACAAGAAAGGCCAUGAUAACAAGAAGGGCCAUGAUAACAGUUCAGCUGACGUGAAGUAUAGUCUCCCGAAUGGAGAUGUGAGACCACCGCAAACUGCGACGUCCACUCAGAGUCAGAAUGGAUACAGAGUGGAACCAGGUGUGAAUUCGGAAGGGUAUUCGAUGGCGUGGCAGAAUCUGUCCUACACUGUUCCCUGUAGUCGCCUGCCCUGGAAGCGGGAUCGCAAGGUACUCCUUCAGAGCAUAACUGGCCACGUGCACAAAGGAGGCAUCAUGGCCCUGAUGGGUCCCUCUGGAAGCGGAAAGACUACGCUACUGGAUAUUCUGGCAGAUCGCGUAUCAAGUGGAGAAAUCCUGGGCGAGAUUCUCAUCAACGGCAUUCCAAGAAACUCAGACGAGUUUCGAACUUACACAUGUUACGUGGAUGUUAACGACGCCUUCUACGAAAUAUUCACAGUGAAGGAAACGAUGAUGUUCACAGCUAAUCUCUGCUUCCCGACAUCCAUGUCUUACGAGGACAAGAUUCGAAAGGUGCGCAGUGUUUUGAACAAAGUGGGCUUGGAAUCAUGCAAACAUACGCGCAUAGGCGGAGAACUGUUCCGUGGACUUUCGACCGGUCAGAAGCGACGUCUGAGUAUUGCACUGGAACUUUUGAAAGAGCCGUGGAUUUUGUUUCUGGACGAACCUUUGUCUGGAUUAGACGGAGCAGCUGCCUCGAAUAUAAUGAAUAUUCUGACAAAUCUUGCUGAUACAGGCAAGACAGUGAUCUUCUCUGUGCACCAGCCCCCCUCGCGAGUGUGGAGCACAUUCUCCUCCCUCACUCUCCUGUCGGGGGGACUACUUCUGUACGCUGGUCCAGUCAAUGAAGCCAUCCCAAUGCUCACCACUGCCUCUGGCCAGGACAUUCCCCCCAACUGCAACCCUGCUGAUUAUAUGCUGGACCUGGUCAACAACGACUUCAAAGGUCAUGUGAAGAUUGACAAGCUUAAUGACGUGUACCUGAGCUCUCAACUACAUCGGGACAUCUUCGACACAGUUAAAUUUGAGAGAGAACGUGCGUUGCAGUUCCUGCACGAGAACCCUCGAUAUCUGGAGGAUAACACCAAACACCGAUUCAGAGCCGGUGUAGUCUCCCAGAUUCGCUACUUGACCACGCGUGCUCUGUGGAAUAACUUGUUACACCCUGGACUCUAUUGGUCUCGUAUUGUGAUUUACAUCCUUCUAGACUUGAUAAUUGCUGCCAUGUUCACUCGGUCGAUUAGCAUCAAAGACGAAUACAAAGCGGGCAUGAUAUUUUUUGUUCAGUCGUAUCUCGUAAUAAUGACUGUCGCCGCGUUGCCAUAUCUGAUUCUAGCUCGCCCAGUGUUCUGUAAAGAGCGAGCCAAUGGACUAGUAUCAGUGACGCCAUACAUCUUGUCAACAUUCAUAGCAAUGAUUCCAGGAGUCAUACUAGCUACCUUAGUGUCAGCAUUUUUGAUAUUUGUCAUAACGGGACUGGAGAGCUUUGGGUGGUUCUUCUGGAUCCUAUUUUGCACGCUACUUUGCGCUGAGUCAAUCAUGAACUUGGUGGCUUCUUUGACUAAUCAGUUCAUCGUUGGGUUAGCUAUUGGUGCCGGUAUCUACGGUAUAUUCAUGAUAAACGCUGGGUUCCUGUUGCCAAGCUAUGAAAUACCAAAUGAAUGGUUUACGGGAUGGAGACUUUUCCACAACAUCGCAUUUCACAAGUACUCACUGAGGUCCUUAAUUUACAAUGAAUUCAAAAAUCCCAAGUAUUUGAUCAAUGCAACUGGAUGCGAUAUCCUGUCAGUGCCUGGAAAUGAGGCGUUUGAUCCCAAUAUGCCACCAGGGGACUCUCAAAUGUCAACUGCUGCACCUGGAAUUGAUGAUUACGCUUCUGUCCCACCAGUUCCAAAUGACAGUCAGAUGUUAUAUUCUCCAAUUUUGCACAGAUACCGAAUGGAAGAUGAGAGCCCAGGAUUUGAUACUCUCUUCAUUCUGAUGUAUACAGCUCUGAUUCAAAUGAUCCUGCUGCUUGUAACAUUCUUCAAACACACUGGAAGGCGUUGAUAGCUUCUUGAGCGCAACUCUUGAGCGUAUUAUCGGAUUAUGUAUCUUAAACUAGUCUUUCUCUCUCGAACAUGUUUUAUUUGACUAAAUUCUGCAUUAUAGCAUUUCGAGUGGAA